UUGGCUUUUUAAGGAGUGAGGGGGCGUGGCUCCGCAGGUUGCUUGAUCCGAUCAAAAUGCAGUUAGUCCGUCAGGCGCUGCUUCUGGGGCUGCUGGGUGGAAAAGGCUUCAGCAGAGCCAUGUGUGCCCAGGCCAAUGACUGGAAGAGCGCCAAGUCUAUUUAUGAGUUCUCUGCCAAAGACAUAGAUGGAAAUGAGGUGUCUUUGGAGAAAUACAGGGGCUUCGUCUGCAUCAUCACAAACGUCGCCUCUAAAUGAGGAAAGACUCCUGUAAACUACACUCAGUUUGCGGCCAUGCACGCCACGUACGCUGAGAAAGGUUUACGCAUCCUGGGCUUCCCCUGCAACCAGUUUGGAAAGCAGGAGCCUGGGACAGAAGCUGAGAUUAAGGAGUUUGCGAAAGGCUACAACGCAGAGUUUGACCUCUUCAGUAAGAUCGAUGUGAAUGGGGAUAAUGCCCAUCCUCUGUGGAAGUGGUUAAAGGAUCAGCCAAAGGGAAGAGGCACUCUUGGAAACAACAUCAAAUGGAAUUUUACCAAGUUUCUCAUCAACAAAGAAGGACAGGUUGUGAAGCGGUACGGACCAAUGGAUGAUCCAAGUGUUGUUGAAAAGGAUCUGCCAAAUUACCUGUAGUAGCCACACUGUAGAGACCAUCCAUCCGUCCUUGUUCUCUCACUGUCUUACUGACCCCCUCCGCGCUGCUGUGGCCAACUGUGUAUAUGCAGGAUUUUUCCCAGAAUAAUGACGGCCUUUCCCUAAACCUGACCCCAGGUAGGAAGGGCCUGAUGACCCUAGGCGUGCAUUCCUUCCCCUGGGAGGAGCCUGCAGUACCCAGUGAUCCCAGCAGAGCGCAGGCUUAUAAUGUUCACAGUGCUACACUAGCUGCUGAUGUUCAUAAUUAUAUACAGUUCAAUGUUCAAUUUUUAUUAGCAAUAAUAAAUGAUUUAAGUGAAA